AUGAAGACACUCGUUUUAAUUUAUAUAACAUUUUCCCUUUUAAUCUCGUUAAGCUUAUGCACAGAAAAUUGUUUUGAAAAUUGCAACAACCUUUAUAGCGAUUGCAUUAUAUAACCUUAAAAUUUCUUAGAUUUCUAACAUAAAAAAUUGUGCUUGGGAGGAAAGGCUACUUGCUAUUAAUAAUGUAGAAUUGAAGAAUCAGUUUAUAAUGUUAAAUUAGUUGAAAACAACAAGCCUUUAAUCGGAAGCGGUAUUGAUACAAAUCUUAUUUUUUGCUAAGGUCAGUGCAAGAGAGAUAUGUUUAAAUGCCAGAUAGGAUGUAAAAGCAUGGGUGCUCAAUGCAACUUUGAGUGUGAUUAAUCUUACAGAAAUUGCUUGACUGUAACAUGCCAAUAAUGA